AUGGCAUGGUACUGCAGCACUGGCCAGCAGCCAGGCCUGGAGGGAUGGACGCGAGAGAGACAAGCUCUCGUGUCCUGCAGGGCUCUGUACACAUACGAGGAUGGCUCGGAUGACCUCAAGCUUGCAGCAUCAGGAGAAGGGGGCUUGCAGGAGCUUUCGGGACACUUUGAGAACCAGAAGGUGAUGUACGGCUUCUGCAGUGUCAAGGACUCCCAAGCUGCUCUGCCAAAAUACGUGCUCAUCAACUGGGUGGGUGAAGAUGUGCCUGAUGCCCGCAAGUGCGCUUGUGCCAGCCAUGUGGCUAAGGUGGCUGAGUUCUUCCAGGGCGUCGACGUGAUCGUGAACGCCAGCAGCGUGGAAGACAUAGACGCAGGUGCCAUCGGGCAGCGGCUCUCCAACGGGCUAGCGCGGCUCUCCAGCCCCGUACUGCACCGGCUGCGGCUGCGAGAGGAUGAGAACGCAGAGCCCGUGGGCACCACCUACCAGAAGACAGAUGCAGCUGUGGAAAUGAAGCGGAUUAACCGAGAGCAGUUCUGGGAGCAGGCCAAGAAGGAAGAAGAGCUGCGGAAGGAGGAGGAGAGGAAGAAGGCCCUGGAUGAGAGGCUCAGGUUUGAGCAGGAGCGGAUGGAGCAGGAGCGGCAGGAGCAAGAGGAGCGCGAGCGGCGCUACCGGGAGCGGGAGCAGCAGAUCGAGGAGCACAGGAGGAAACAGCAGACUUUAGAAGCGGAAGAGGCCAAGAGGCGGUUGAAGGAGCAGUCUAUCUUUGGUGACCAUCGGGAUGAGGAGGAAGAGACUCACAUGAAGAAGUCAGAGUCGGAGGUGGAGGAGGCAGCGGCCAUUAUUGCCCAGCGACCUGACAACCCACGGGAGUUCUUCAAGCAGCAGGAAAGAGUCGCAUCAGCCUCUGCAGGCAGCUGUGAUGUGCCCUCGCCCUUCAACCAUCGACCAGGCAGCCACCUGGACAGCCACCGGAGGAUGGCGCCCACUCCUAUCCCCACGCGGAGCCCGUCUGACUCCAGCACCGCCUCCACCCCUGUUGCUGAGCAGAUAGAGCGGGCCCUGGAUGAGGUCACAUCCUCGCAGCCUCCACCGCUGCCACCGCCACCCCCACCAGCCCAAGAGACCCAGGAGCCCAGCCCCAUCCUGGACAGUGAGGAGACCAGAGCAGCAGCCCCUCAGGCCUGGGCUGGCCCCAUGGAGGAGCCCCCUCAGGCACAGGCGCCUCCCCGGGGGCCAGGCAGCCCUGCAGAGGACUUGAUGUUCAUGGAGUCUGCAGAGCAGGCUGUCCUGGCUGCUCCUGUGGAGCCUGCCACAGCUGACGCCACCGAGGUCCACGAUGCAGCUGACGCCAUUGAAACCGACACUGCCACUGCAGACACCACUGUUGCCAACAACGUGCCCCCCGCUGCCACCAGCCUCAUUGACCUAUGGCCUGGCAAUGGGGAAGGGGCCUCCACACUCCAGGGUGAGCCCAGGGCCCCCACGCCACCCUCGGGUACUGAGGUCACCCUGGCAGAGGUGCCCCUGCUGGACGAGGUGGCUCCGGAGCCACUGCCGCCAGCAGGUGAAGGCUGUGCCACCCUUCUCAACUUUGAUGAGCUGCCUGAGCCGCCAGCCACCUUCUGUGACCCAGAGGAAGUAGAAGGGGAGCCCCUGGCUGCCCCCCAGACCCCAACUCUGCCCUCAGCCCUUGAGGAGCUGGAGCAAGAGCAGGAGCCAGAGCCCCACCUGCUAACCAAUGGCGAGACCACCCAGAAGGAGGGGACCCAGGCCAGUGAGGGGUAUUUCAGUCAAUCACAGGAGGAGGAGUUUGCCCAAUCGGAAGAGCUCUGUGCCAAGGCUCCACCUCCUGUGUUCUACAACAAGCCUCCAGAAAUCGACAUCACAUGCUGGGAUGCAGACCCAGUUCCAGAAGAGGAGGAGGGCUUCGAGGGUGGUGAUUAGUGGUGGCGCCAACCCUAGGCUACCCUUGCCAAGGCCGCCCACCUGCAUCGGCCUCUGGCCAGACGGCCCGCCGUGCCUGCAUUCGCAGCAGCUCCGCCUGGCACCCACUCUGGAUUCCGGCCCUGGCUGGGGACUUGGCCGCUUCCCUACCCACAGGGCCUGACUUUUACAGCUUUUCUCUUUUUUUUAAAAGUUGAUAGGAGACUUGUACAGUUGACUGGUUUUCCUCCCGUUGGUAGUUGAGACGCUGUUGCAAAUUCCACCCCUCCUUCCCUGGUCCAGAUUGUAGCUCUUAGUCCUCCCUGCUCAGCUGGCCGGGGUGGAGGCCUCACCCUGCUUGGGGCCUGGCGUUCGGGGAGCUCUGGUGGGAAAAUGUCUCCCACCUCUUUUCCUAGUUUUAUGUUUCUUGGAAAAAUAUCACUUUGUAUUCUCUGUCCAGGGCUUCAGAUAUUUUGCACGAAUUUUAAAACAUGGCAAUAAAUGGCUCGUGGGCUCUGGCUCCCUGGGACCCCCUCCCCGCCCUUCUUUUGACCCCUUCUUGUCUGGCCCAAAGGAAGUAGCAGGCCCAGCUGGGGCCCCUCGGCUGCCCCCCCCCCUCUCCUGCCGGGCAGGUCCCAGGCUGGAGGCCCUAGGCGCGGUUCAGGUCAGGGCUAUGGAUGGGGCCCAGGGGCUUUGGUGGCCCCUCCCCAACUCCUUCCUCUUUGCUUGGGUUCCUUUUUCACGUUCAGUAACUGUUUUUUUUGGAAAGCACAAACUUCUGUAACGGGUCGUGCUCAUGUCUGUUAAUAAAGAAAUCCAGAUCCC